GUGCAUCGAUCCGAUCGUGUGUAUGUGUGUGUGUAUCUUAUCAGCCGUGCCAGUGCGUGUCGGUCGGUGUGUGUAUCAUUCAUGCCAUGCCAUGUAUGCAUGUGUGUAUGUCUAUCUAGUUAUCUACGCGGAUUUGGAUGCCUUGCGCGCCUUGCUCUUGCUCUUGGCCUUAGACUUGGUCUUGGGCUUGGACUUGGAGAUGGUCUUCUUGGCCUUGGCCUUGGCCGACUUCUUGGCGCUCGCCCUCUUGGCCUUGGCUUUGCUCUUGGGCUUCUUCUCGGGCUCCGCUGCGCCAAGCCAUCCAUCGUACAUAAAUACAUACAAGGAGACAGACAGACAGACAGACAGACAGACACAGAGAGAGGGAUUGGGGUGAUUGGGGAGGGGUUCUGACCUUCAACGAACACAUAGGUACCUUCACCCAACAAAUCGAAAACGGCCUGCAUCUCCUCCUCCUCCUAAAUGUGUCCACACACACACAAACACACGAUGCAGCCAACAUGAGAGAGACGAUUGGUGUGUGGUUUACCGCAGCCUGGGCGGCAGCGACGGCGGCCUUCGACGCGCGCUUCGACGGGGUCUUCUUGGGCGUUGCCUUCUUCGGGCUGCAAAUACAGCACUCCACAUAUGCAUGGGGCCGUAUUGUGUCUUGCGCUGGAAUUUGUUGAUCUCACGUGGCGGCCUUCUUGCGCGGGGUCACGGUCUUCUUGGGCGCGGCCUUCUUCGAUAUCCUGACACGGCACACACACGCAGACGCCACAAAAGGCUCAAAAAUGCAAAGGAAACGCAUCGGAAAUCCUCUCUAAAAGACCCCCAUGCAUGCGAGAAGGAGACACGGCCUGGAAGGCCUCACUUUUCUGCCCUUUUCUCUCUCAGACUGUCCUUCCUGUCGACCUACGUCUUCUUGGGCGCGGCCCUCUUGGGCUUGGCACCUGCAGCACACACAGCAACGACCGAAAUGACGUCCCGCCAACAUGGGGGCUCACGAGAAUGCACGAAUACGGCACGAAACGACCUCCUUUCUUCGCAUUUUUGUCAUUCUCACCGGCAGUCCUCGUGGCAACAGCUCUGGCGACCAUUUUGAUACGAUGGGAGAGGCCUCAGCGAUACGACAACGUCAACACUCAGCUCAGACAGGGGGAGCGACGGUCAGGGCGGUAGCCGGGGGACCGGGGAUGCACAACAAGCG